CUGUCAUCACCAUUCGCAUUUUGAUUCCGCAAUUUGAGAAAUGUUUUCUGUCCUGCCAAAAACAAACAAAUAGGAACAAUGUGCGACUUCGAUGCCUUGUGGGCAGACGUAUUGAAGAUUUUUCCGGUCUUGGGUGGAGCGAACGCGGUUUCCACGGCUCCGGUGGAGGAGGCGGUAUUUGAAAAUGUCCGCCGGCAUCUGAAGAUGUUGGGCAGCAUAGACACCUUUGCGGCCCUGGUUGACCUGGAAAUCCAGUCGACUAUUCGAAAUGUGCUGGUGCCAAAGUUCUGGAAAAACUUUCAUGCCGGCUUGGUGCCUUCGGAAUUGCAAAGCGGGAUUAAUGAUCAGGCUCUGGCAAUAGAAGCUUUGCCCGAAAAGAACCGACUGUUCACCCAGUUCAUAGAUGCCAUCAAUGAGCUGCACGAUGGCUUCCAGAGCCUGAUGCAGGUUAGGCCCAGGCUGAUCAAGCUCAUCGGAACCGAAGGAAAACCCGUUCCGAAUUCCGUAAAGUUAAUGCAGGAGGAUGGGAUUAAGAACAGCUUGAGGGAUUCCCUACUGGCUCAGCUGCCCCCCACUUUUAGUGUGGUCGUGGGAGCCUUCUAUUGGGUGCACUUUAAGCUCUUCACCAAAGCCUCACAUCUCGCCCUGACCACAGUGGACUCCGAUGUGUUCGAUGAACUCCUGUGCGUCGGCUGCAACUUCGAUGUGGAGCAGUGCUGCUGCCAGAGAUUGACGGAAAUGGUCAACAAGACGAACAUGAAGCUAUUCGAGAUGAAUCUCAUUGAUCGUCUAACUGGGAGUGCGUUAACAGCGCUCAUCAAGCUCAAAAUCAAGGAGCAUAUCAACGACACUUGCAUGGGCAUUUUCGAUAGAAGUCACCUCAAACAGCUGGAAACCUGGCUGUCGGAUGUUAUAAUGUCUUGGCUAACAAACAUAUUCACAGAAUGGAAGUCAAAGGAUAGUGUUACCGAUAUGGAAGUUCCAGAGUCUGUAAAAUCCUUCAAAGUCAAGCUAACUUACUUUAUGUACGAAACAUUUGCUCAGAGCGUUAUUGGUCAAUUCUUCAGCAUUAUUAUUGACUACCCAGAUUCCAUUCCGGCCAUAGAUGACUUGAAGAUUUGCAUGGAGAAAAUUGAUAUGCGAGUCUACCUCACUGAAUCACUGAGAAGCUCGCUAGAAGCGAGGAUUCUGCAUCCUGGAGUCAACACAAUGGACAUAUUAACCGGCUAUGUAGCAGCGAUAAAAGCUAUUCGUCAUCUGGACAAUACUGGAGUGAUUUUGGAGAUGGUAACGGCUCCCAUCAAGGAUUACCUACGGAAACGCAAUGACACAGUGCGACGUGUGGUAACUGGGCUGACUGAAGAAGGACCCACGGAUUUAUCCGAGGAACUCGCCAAGGGAGAAUCCAUCAAAGAGGGCAAGGACUCUGCCACGGAUGAGUUUAGCAACUGGGAGAAUUGGGAACCGGAUCCGUUUGGAAUAGAUGCCAGUAUCAUGCAAUACAACAGCUCAAGAAAAAUGAGAUCGGCUGACAUUAUAUCAAUGGUCGUCGAUAUAUACGGCAGUAAGGAGUUGUUCAUGACGGAGUAUCGCAAUCUUAUGGCAGAUAGACUGCUGGCUCAGCUGGAUUUUAAUUCCGAAAAGGAAAUUCGAAAUCUGGAACUGCUGAAGAUAAGAUUUGGGGAAUCCCUGUUACACAGCUGUGAGGUGAUGUUGAAAGACGUUACCGAUUCGAAGCGAAUCAACGCGCACAUUCACAGCGAUAGCAAUCGUACUGAAAAUCAGUUAUUCGACAUCUCCUCGCUGAUUGUUUCUGCACAAUUUUGGCCCUCCUUUAAUAAGGAAAGUCUGCAGCUGCCCGAGGAGCUGGAAAAUGAGUUUAAGAAGUACACGAAGGCCUACGAAGCUUACAAAGGAAACCGUACGCUCAACUGGCGUACGGUAACUGGUCGUGUGAAUAUUGAAAUCGAGAUCGGGGACCGAACAAUGGAAAUGGUUGUGAGCCCCACUUUGGCGGUCAUUAUAUAUCAUUUUCAAAACAAAAAUGAAUGGACUAUCGAGGACCUGAGCUCCAUUACAAAAGUACCACCGUCUGCCCUGCGGCGUCGACUAAGUUUUUGGCAAAAUCACGGCCUGAUUUCGGAAACUACGCCGGGAGUAUUUACUCUGCUGGAAAAGGAGUCGGAGAAAUCUCAAUUCGAAGACAUGAGUCUCGCAGAAGCCGACGAAGAGGAUUUGGAAUCCGCAAUGGCUUCAGCCAGUGAUCAAAGGGAAGAAGAACUCCAAGUUUUCUGGUCCUACAUUGUUGGCAUGCUCACGAAUCUGGACUCCAUGCCAAUAGACCGCAUCCAUCAGAUGCUCAAGUUGUUUGCCUCGCACAGCGGAGGAGUCGAGUUUACUCAGGACGAACUGAAGCACUUUCUGCAGCGCAAAGUCAGAGAGCACAAGCUCAUAUUUUCGGGUGGAGUCUAUCAAUUGGCCAAAUAAAUUUGGGAGAUUACCAAAAUUAAGUUGCAAACGACUGAAGAAAUCAUGAAAUAAAUAAAUGAGCGAACGUGAUAACGUUACAAAAUUUACUGUUCCACGGUGAACGUUACGUUUUUCAAAUUGUCGCCUUAUCUAUUUCUAUUCGGGGCUUAUCUUUCUCCCGCAUACACUGCAAAGCCUUUGCAUAAACC